GCUGCAUCAUGAGUCAGGGAAAGGACAAUGCACGACUCAGAAGCUACAAAAACAAAUCACUCAACACAGACGAGAUGAGGAGGAGGAGGGAGGAGGAAGGCCUGCAACUACGCAAACAGAAGAAAGAUGAACAGCUGUUCAAACGGAGGAAUGUGGCCACUGUGGAGGAAGACUGCGCACUUGAGGAAGAUGGCAUGUCAGACACCGGCUACCUGGAGUCCCAGGCCAACAACAUGGACCAAAUCACGGGAGGUGUUAUUUCUGAGGACAUGAUUCAGAUGAUCUUCUCCAGCUCUCCAGAACAGCAGCUUAUGGGAACACAGCGCUUCAGAAAGCUUUUGUCAAAAGAACCCAAUCCCCCCAUUGAUGAAGUUAUUGCCACGCCUGGUGUGGUGGAGCGCUUUGUGGAGUUCCUAAAGAGGAAGGAGAACUGUACACUACAGUUUGAGGCUGCGUGGGUGUUGACGAACAUUGCCUCAGGCACCUCCCAUCAGACACGCGUGGUCAUUCAGGCUGGCGCAGUGCCCAUAUUCAUAGAGAUGCUCAGCUCAGACUUCGAGGAUGUCAAGGAGCAGGCGGUUUGGGCACUAGGCAACAUCGCGGGGGACAGUGCGGAGUGUCGAGAUUACGUGGUGGAUUGCAACAUCCUACCUGCCCUUAUGCAGCUGUUGGCCAAACAGAACCGCUUGACGAUGAUGAGAAACGCAGUGUGGGCUCUGUCUAACCUGUGCAGAGGGAAGAACCCACCUCCAGACUUCUCCUAAGGUACAGGCCACUAUUACCAGGUGUCUCCAUGCCUCAGCGUUCUCUCCUGGCUGCUCUUCGUAAAUGAUACGGACAUUCUCGCGGAUGCUUGUUGGGCACUGUCCUAUCUGUCUGAUGGUCCCAACGACAAGAUCCAGGCUGUCAUAGACUCGGGGGUGUGUGAACACCUUGCUGAAAUAGCUCUUCAUUCAGAUUAUAAGGUAGUCUCUCCUGCCCUUAGAGCUGUGGGUAACAUUGUCACAGGAGAUGACCUUCAGACGCAGGUGAUCCUGAACUGCUCCGCCCUGCAGAGUCUCCUUCACCUGCUAAGUAGCCCAAAGGAGUCCAUUAAGAAGGAAGCCUGCUGGACCAUCUCCAAUAUUACAGCUGACCGAGCACAGAUACAGAUGGUGAUAGAUGCAGGUUUGCUCCCUCCCUCUCAUCAGCAUUCUCAGGUGGCAGAGUUCCGUACGAGGAAAGAGGCGGCGUGGGCAGUCACCAAUGCCACCUCAGGAGGCUCCGCUGAGCAGAUCAGGCAUCUAGUGGAGCUGGGGUGCAUCAAGCCUCUAUGUGACCUUCUCACCCUUAUGGACUCCAAGAUUGUGCAGGUGGCUCUGAAUGGUCUAGAGAACAUCCUCCGACUGGGAGAACUGGAUGCUAAGAGAGGAGGAGGAAUUAACCCCUACUGCGCCCUCAUUGAGGAAGCAUAUGGUCUGGACAAGCUGGAGUUCCUGCAGGGACAUGAGAAUCAGGAGAUCUAUCAGAAAGCCUUUGACCUGAUCGAGCGCUACUUCAGCACGGAGGACGAGGAUCCAGCCCUGGCCCCUGCUGUGGACCUGCAACAGCAGCAGUUUCUCUUCCAGCAGUGCGAGACUCCCAUGGAGGGCUUCCAGCUCUAACCCCGCCCCCGCUUUUCACAUGCCCACACAAGAGGCAGAGGUGCCCCAAGCCCCACUGGAGAGAGUGACUUAUGAUCAUGAUUAUUAGUGUGUGGUGUUGCGAGAGCCUGCAUUGCUGGGCAGACCCCCUUUCCUGCUUCCCUCACCUCUGCUUGUCACUGGACCGCAUCUGAAGAACAGCUCCAAAAAGAAAAUGGCCAGACCCUGACAGUGCCGUGAACAUCAUGACCACCUAAACCCUCUCAGCCAACUCUGGGAUGUAUCAGAACAACCACCCACAGACAUCAACAUAAUUAUUCCCAUAGCUCAUAGUGUCUUGCAUUAAUCUCCAGUACCAAACCAUGCAAGGAUCUGGGAUAAUCCUCAUCCACACCUGAAUGUGUCCUGUAUAAGCAAGCAUCAAAAGCCCUGUGCGAGUAAACCAGGAACACUCAACAUCUGUCCAUGAGCUGAUGGAAACUGGUAAUAUAGUGCUUGUAUGACCUUACUGCAAUACUGACUCUCUGGAGGGGUGGCCUUUGCGCAGUGCUCUUUUCACCUGUUUAAAACACUGGACUGACCGUGUGACUGUGUAUGCGUCACCAGGCGCUCCAAAAAACAAACAAACAAACAAAAAAACCCCAAACCAGCAGAGACAUGGCCAGUCUGCCCUGAAGACUGAAAAGACUUCUGCUGAAAGCGACGCACUUUUACCUACGUGUUAGACCAGGCUAGUGUAAAGAUGGCUCUUGUCAUAUGACAGGACUGAAGUUUGUGGUUCAUGACUGACUAUGCCAAUUUGGCAAACUCUUGCUUUUAGUCUCAUGCAUUCCUCCAGUGACUGAAAACCGACUGGCUCCAACUUGCUUUUUAAAGCAUUUGCACCUUUUUAGGAUUCUGGGAGUUGGAGUCCUUGUGUCCCGCACUGAGACUGUUGGACAAAGACAACCUUUAAAAAAAUGGGGUUUUUUUUUUGUGUGUGUGUGUGGGGGGGGGGGUGCUUCGGACCUUUAAGAAGACUUUGGGACUUUAAAGGACAAUUCCAUGUGAUUAUCAUCAUCUGCACUUUAUGUUCAGUUUAAAUUGUAACCAACUUCCUUUCUGUGCAGUGCAGUGCUUGGCCUACUUUUGCUCUCCACUCCUCAGGAAAUGAGGUGAGAAGGUUGUGUGCAUAUGGUUUGCACUCAAAAUCACAGGACUUUCAUUACAAAUAGAAACACACUAAAUAUCUGAGUGCAGUCUCACUGCCUCUCUCCUGUCUGAUAGACCCCUGCCUCUAGAAAGCUUCCUCCACCAAUCAGAAUCUCUGAACCUUUAACGAGCUGAAGGCUUGGCAUGUAUGUGUGCGCGUAUGUGUGUACGCUCGAGUGCGUGCGUGUUUAACAAAUUUUAUCCGAUUAUGCUGACUGCAGACCGAUGUUCAGAUGAUCCCAAAUUAUAUUAACUAGAAAGAUACGACAAAAACAGAGUCAACGACUGCAUUACCUGUAAUACAUUUCAUAUGUUUGGGGUAGAAUCUGUCAGUUCUGAAGGUGCCAUAAUCCUUGUUGUGAAAUUGAGUUUUAAAAAAAAUAAAAUAAGGAAAAUAGUAGCCUAAAAUUAAUCAAAAUUAAACUUGAAAAUAUACUGUGGAUUUUGUUUAGCUCAAAAGCUGCAAGAUUGUUUACUAAGCUCUUUUUUAUGCUAGAUUCUCAGAGAUGACCAGCUCUCCAUGUUCAAUACUGCUGUAGUAUUGAGAUUGUGUAACUUCUCUGUUAAGCCAUUUGCAUAAAUCCUGUUUCAUGAAGUCCA